CUAAAAUGGCAGUUCUAAUAAUCACCGCCUAAUUUUCCACGUAAAGUACAAUAAUAUUAUCUCGAAACAUUUUUUUUGUACCAUGAAAAAUAAGAAAGCAAUUAAAGGUGUCAGAGUUAAGCGGGGCAUCCUAUAUAUUAUAAAAGGAUUACUCUGGGAACUCAUAACAAUAUAAUCCUUAUUGAAUCUUUUGAAAAAAUCUGCCGAAUUUUUUCAAUAAUCACACAUUGUGGUAAUAAAAAGCGAGAUUUACAACAUGGUGAUAUAUCAAUAUGAUGAAAUGCGUUUUACAUACUCAUUUCUUAUUGAAUGAAACUUGACUGAUCUUUUGAAUCGAAUGAUGUUUUUUACCGGAGGAAUGAAAGCUCUUAUCAAUAUAUCACAACCUUUACGUUCUUACACGAUGACUCAUAUAUCGACAAUGAAGAAGUUAAUUGUUUGUUUUCCUUAAUUAGUGAACAAUGUUCAAUUUAAGCGAGAUACAUUGUUUUUAUAUGAAUUUAAUUUGCAAAUGUUUUACUACCUAAAUACAGUGCCGUCAUUCCAGUAAGCAAUCCGGCACAACGACUGGUUCUAAAAUUUACUUUUUAAUCCAGUUUACCUCCCCCCCCCCCCCCCCUCCACCAUCGAGAAUACGGCAUUCCAGUGUUACUGGAAUCGUUUAGACAGUUCAAUAUCCAUUGCUGGUUGGAGCAUAGUACAGUGUACACGAGUUUGUGUUUUUAAUUAAAAAUGGCGAAAAAAUUAAACAAAAAUCAAACUUCUAAGUUCGUUACUCUGUACAGAGAGCAUGAGUGCUUAUGGGACAUCGCAUCUAAAGAUUAUAAAAAUAAGGCUAUGCGUGAAUCUGCCUUGAAAAAGAUUUGCGAAGAUAUGCAAAUGGAAGGUUUUGGCGUAGAAGAUGUUAAAAAUAAAAUAAAGUCUAUUCGAUCUACUUACUACUUAGAAUUAGACAAGAUUAAAAGGUCAACUACAUCUGGUGUUAGUGACAAUGUAUAUGAACCUAAAAUGAAAUGGUUCACAGAGCUGGACUCUUUUAUAAAAAAUGUGGUGGUGAAAAGAAAAACGCAUGACAAUAAUGACAGUACCCAGUCUGAAUCAGAAAAUAAUGUUACUGCAGCCCCUACUAUAUGUUCUGGAAUAGAAUCACCUAAAACGAAAUCAAAAAAGAAUAAAAUGUCACGGCUAUCUUCAAUAGUUAGCAGCGCGAAAUUGCUACAGAAUGACAUAUGCAGAGCAGAAGAAGAAGAUGAAUUCGAUGUUUUCGGAAAGCACGUCGCAAAACAAUUACGAAAACUUUCAACUGAACAAGGUAUCGUAGCUCAAGAAGAAAUUCAAAGCGUGAUAACGAAAUAUCGAUUAAAUGAUCUGCGUUAUUUCAAUGAUUAAUAAUAAUCAGAUUAAACUAACCUUUUAAUGCUCUACAUAUUUCGCGCCAGACCUCUAGUACAAAUUUUUAUAUAGAGGAUUUAGAUAUCCCGAAGAAAUGACCGAGGUUUUUAUAAUUACUUCCAGCUGUCAGGGAAGAUAAUGUGACUUCUAAUAUUAAUUUUGUUGAUCUCUUUGUGUUGUUACGUUAAAUAUUACUUGAGAUUAAGGAUAAUAAUUCUUCAAACUUUAUAUUAUAGCGAUAUUAUGUUUCAUAUAUCGUUUUAUCAGUUUUUUUUUGUGUAAAUCCAUUAUCACUUUCAAUUCACCACUUUCAGCAGUUCAAAAAAGACUGAAACAACGUAGACAUCGAACAAUUUUCAAUUAAACCAUUGGUAUGCAAUCACUGAAUCCAUCGACUGAAUUAGUGUAAACCCAACUUUAGUCCAAACAUUAUAUCCCAUUUGUUUGAAUGACAAUCGGUCGAUAUCUAUGUUAUUCUAGUCCUGUUCGUGCCGCUGAAAGUGGUAAACUGCAGUGACAAUUAAGUUCACACUGAGCCAUGAAUACUGAGCCAUUUAGAAUCCAUACGAUUCCAGUAACGCUGGAAUGUCAUGUUCUCGAUCGAUGAGGAUUUGAAAAGUAGACUUUCGAUCCAGUCACUGAAUUAGAUCGCUUACUGGGAUGACUACAUUGUACUGGAAUGAAAACGCUGUUUACAUUACUUCAGUUAAGAUCCAUCGCUGGAUUAGAACAAUGGACUGGAAUGCUAUUUGACUAGUAUAAACCCAGUUUUAUAAAAGUCCGUACUAUGGCUGUGACAGUUCGAGCCCGUUCGGCGAACAGAAAAAAUAUGUCCGGGAUACAUCCGGACCACGGAUGACGAAUGGACACAACACUGAUAAUGUAUGAAGUGCUACAUUUAAAACUAUGGUGACCGAUUCGGGCACGGGGCGCGGCAGGGGCACAGAACGGACAUAGUUCGGUUGUGUAUAAAUGAACUUUUAAUCUUCACAUGUUUGCUAUCGAUAACCAGUAUAAAUAUUCACGCGAUUCUUGAUUAUUCAUUGUCAUCUACACCGUUUUAAAUACGGUACUUAUUGUUGGCCAAAUAAUUUUAAUACUUUACGUUUUCUUUACAUCUGUUUGUUUACAAUAUAAAAUGUGUACAUGUUAAAAAAGUUUAAAAAAUGAA